UUUUUUCUUCUCCAAAUUCUGAGGAAUGUCCCGGCGCUGGUGCAGGCAGGUCCUGCUUGGCGUGGAAGUGGGUAUUGUUGUGGUGGCGCUUGUGGUCGGCACUGCGGGACAGAGCUACGAUGGGAGAGAAGCUGGGUCGUCCUGCUACGGGGGAUUUGACCUGUACUUUGUUUUAGACAAAUCUGGCAGUGUGCAACAUUACUGGAAUGAAAUUUAUUACUUUGUGGACAACCUGGCGUACAAGUUUAUCAGUCCUCAGCUACGGAUGUCUUUUAUCGUCUUUUCGACAGAAGGACGAAUUCUCAUGCCGCUGACGGAAGACAGAGAGCAAAUACGAGCAGGGUUGGAGAAGCUCAGCAUGGUCCAGCCGGGUGGGGACACCUACAUGCACCUCGGUUUGUCCAAGGCCAGUGAGCAAAUUUACUACGGCACAGGGGAUGGCUACCGCACAGCCAGCGUCAUAAUUGCUUUGACGGAUGGCGAAUUGAGGGAAAAUCAAUUUGACCUGGCUCAAAGAGAGGCGAGCAGAGCGCGGCAGUUGGGUGCCACCGUUUACUGCGUGGGAGUGAAAGACUUCAACGAGACCCAGUUGUCAACCAUCGCCGACAGCGAGGACCACGUCUUCCCCGUGACGGACGGUUUUCACACGCUGCAUGUGAUCAUUGACUCGAUCCUGAAAAGGUCGUGCAUUGAGAUUCUGGCCGUCGAGCCCUCGAGCAUCUGCGCAGGAGAAUCGUUCCAGGUGGUGAUCCGGGGAAACGGUUUCUUUCAUGCCCGUGACGUUCAGAAAGUCCUCUGCAGCUUCCGCAUCAAUGACACGGUGACUUUGAUGAAAAGACCUCUGGUGGUGAGAGACACCUACCUGCUGUGCCCAGCUCCUGUUUUGGACAAAGAAGGAACGGCCGCCACGCUUCACGUCAGCAUGAACAACGGCCUGGGGGGGGACAUGUCGAUAUACUGAAUGAUGCAAAUAAGUUUUUUUGGCCAGUCGGAUGGCACCUUUGUGGCCAUCGCUCUCCUCAUCCUGCUGCUCCUGCUCAUCUUUCUUCUGCUCUGGUGGUUCUGGCCUCUGUGCUGCACUGUGGUCAUUCAUGAGUUACCCUCACCGCCGACAGAAGAGGACUUCUCUGACGACGAGGACGAUUUUCACAAGAGAAAAUGGCCCACCGUGGAUGCCUCAUACUACGGAGGCCGAGGAGUCGGAGGCAUUAAAAGGAUGGAGGUCCGUUGGGGUGAUAAGGGCUCCACCGAGGAAGGCGCAAAGCUGGAAAAAGCCAAGAACGCUCGAGUUGUGAUACCUGAGGAGGAACCCGAGCCACCUCCAUCGAGGUCCCGCUACCACGGAAAAAGACCCGUUCAUCCCCAGAAGUGGUAUUCUCCCAUCAAGGGCAAACUGGAUGCUCUCUGGGUUUUCCUGAGAAGAGGAUAUGACAGAGUGUCUGUCAUGCGACCUCAUCCUGGAGACAAGGUGAGACAUUAUGUAAAAAAACCCAAAGAAAUAAAAGUACAAAUAAAACAUUUUCAAUUGGAAUCUCUGUAGCUGAUUUCCCUUAAUUCAUACAAUGUGGCCAAACUGCUGUUGAAGUGACUUGAGGAGCUUCAUGCAGUGCUUUGCCACCAUCUUCCGGAUUCUAUAAGCAAACGUAUUUUGGUGGCAAGGGAGAAGAGUGCAUUAAUCACUCACAGAUUUUUGGGGGAACCCUGUAAAUGGCGUUAAAUUAUAAUUAGGCAAUGUAAUUUAAAUCCAGCCUCAGACUAAAAUUGUUUUUGUUCCACGUCACUAUUUACAUAACAUUUUUUUACACUUGCAUAACAACUAAGAAUGUGAACCAAAAAAAAAGAGUGAAUUCUCCUCAAUCGCCAAUAAAUUAGAUUCAUUUCGCAGUGGGAAAUUUAGUUUGGGGAUCCAAACAAAUCCAACGUGGACAAUGAAACGCGUUCAAAUGAAGAGUGUCAGCUGCAUUCUAUU